AUGCACCGCUCUCCUCUCGUGGCCUUGCUCGCCGGCUUGGCUCUGUGGCUGCAAGGCUGCAGUGACGACGAGGGCGAUACCUCCCCAGGGCCCACCACGGGCAUGACCACGGAGAGCCCGGAGGAGGAAUGCAAGGGGCCAUUGGAACCCAUGCUGCCGGGUAUCAUGCCGGGCUCUGAGAGGCCCAAGAUCAUCCUGGGCCAGGACAUCGAUUGGCCACCAUAUGCCUAUUUGGGCGUUCCACCCGAGAGUGACUUUGAUGUGGCGGGCAUCGGCCACGACAUCGCCCACGGUUUGAAGGAGGUUUGUGACAUCGACGUGGUGACGCCAGAGAUCCGUUGGGGUGAUUGCUGGGACAACGGCGCGAUCGGCCAUGGCUUGGCCGCUGGCAAAGUGCACGGCUGCAUGACUUACACGCACACCUGGGGUGCGCGCACCCGAUUUCUGGACUUCUCUAAGCCGAUCUUGCAGCACAACAAGCCUGCAGGCCUUCUAGUGAAGCUGGAAAAUGGAGUGCCGAAGUUCGACGGCAAUCACAACCUCAAUGGGCUGAAGGUGGUGGACGUGGUCGGAUGGGCACCCACAGCUGAUACACUCGCCUUGGUCGAGAACAAGUGCACCAAGGCGCGCUUCAGUGGCUUCACGAUUGUUCAACCGACGGCGACUGGCCCUAAUGCCAACCAGAACGCUCUAGAGACGCUGAUGAACGGAGAUGCAGAUGCGAUGUGGGUCUAUGCCGAUCAGGCCAAGAACUACCAGUGCACGAACGACGGCACCAUGACGCCCAAUUGGGAUUGCACCAUGUGGGCGGGCUUCGGCACCACCUUUGCCUACAUCCAAACAGGCCUGUAUGGGCAUGCUCAAGCAGGCACGACCUUGGCCAUGUCGAAGAGAGGUUCCGGGUUGGGCGAGAUCCUGAACCCCUGCUUGGACAAGUUCCUUGCGACCAAGUCCUACUACGACAUUUGCAAGAAACACGGUGUGCCGGAGCAAUGCUUUCCCAACAGCCACUUCCCAUCCAAUGAAACAGCGGUGAAGAUUACUCCCCACUAUGCCACCGACGAGCUUACCACGACCUGCGCGGACGGCUAUUGCCCCUGCCCCGCGUGA